AAUAAUAUUUAUUCAAGAGGACCCUCUUGCCAACAUUAAAUCAGGGUUAUCCAGCAUCUAGCCAGAUCAACCCGCAUGAUGGUGUUUUUGUCAGCUAUCUUUGUCCUUUGCUGGGCCUCAAUUUUUACCGCUGUCACCGCGGCAUCAGUAGGAGAUGUCGCUCUUCAAACUCGCAAUGGCGACGCAGAUACUGUCGAUGCUGUAGCGAGAGCUCUGCGUGCGGCUAGACUGCAUCGGAGAGAUCACACAUAUACAAUGAACCAAACGUCGCUGGCAAAAAGCUGGACUAAUGCGACGCUUUUCUCAAUUGACAUAAGCGCUAGCAGUGAUUUCGGAAAAGGUGGAACAUUGGAUGCUGACGCUGGCAUUGCAAUUAUCUGUGCGACUUGCUACAUAAAUGGCUCUGUCAAAGGCUCAUUAACAAUAAACGACCAUUUCAACCUCACCCAGGCCAUUAACAUCGCAGGGAAUGAGGUUAAAAAUGUUACAAACUCUGCACUGAGCACGUUGAAAAACUACACCGAGACAGUCGCUAAAGAUAUCUCUACGCUUCAAUUGUCGGAAAUCCCGGCCUGGCCGACAUUAGAUGUCGACUUCAAUGAUGCCAAUUUGACCAGUCUUCCUAGCGUGCAUGGGCAUUUCGAGUUCGAUGAGCUCGAGCUAUACCUAGAUCUAGAACUCCAGAUGUCCGCCGGAGCCACGUACACUUUGAACCUCUUUACCUCUGAGACAGAAGCCGGGUUCUCCAUCCCACACUUGGAAGCCGGUGCGGUCUUGAGUGCUACGCUGAUUCUUAUUUCCAAGGCUGAGAUAGAUAUUAGCGGCGGUAUCCAUAUAAAAGUAGACGACGGUCUCGCGCUAGAUCUGGAGCUGUUUAACAAAAACACAUCUGGAAUAACACUACCUGGCGCACAAUUUGAGUUCCUUCCUAUCACCAUCGAUGGCCAUGGGUCUAUCCAGGCAUUGCUCCAGUUGGAAAUCAACCUCGGGUUCCAGCUCGUUUCCCCCAAAGUUUCACCGCUGUUGACCGCUAGCACGGGGGUUACAGCCAACGUAUUUGCGUAUGUGGCUGACUUCCUUGUCGAAGUCGACGGAUCCUCAACCGAUGACUGCGAACUUGCCGCCGUCGCCGAGUACACCCUUGCACUUGGCGCCGCUGCAGGGGCAACAGUCGCCAUCGACACAUACCAAUGGGGUCCAACUCCAAAUACGACGACCCCGGUUUGGUACACGACACUGGCAAGCAUUUGUGCGGAUAGGAAGACUGCUAGUACCACGACUUCGGCCACGGCCGUAGACGUCACUGCACGAGCAGCCUUGCAACCGCGAGACACGCUUGUCACAACGACUGUAUCGACAACAGACUCUUAUACCAUCGUCAACUGUCUAUCGACAGGACUGAUCAAUUGUCCACCCAACUUGCAGAACACUACCUCGGUCAAGCAGACGCUGACUUCGGUUCUCACUGUGCCGUCUGGUUCCUCGGCUACGUAUCCUACCAGUACGUAUGCAUCUGUCACAAGCGCUAUUCCUUUCGGAUCGAAAGUUUUCUCCAUAACUCCAACCAGCGGCACGCCAAUGUCUUAUACUCCGCCAAAGUCUACAUCAUCUAGUAGUAGUGGUGGCGGCGGUGGCAGUGGCCGCGGCGGUAGUGGUGGUGGUAGUGGUGGUGGUAGUGGUGGUGGUGGUGAUAGUGGAGGUGGAGGAGGGCUUUCGCAUCGUGACCAGUUGAUUAUUGGGUUAACAGUUGGACUGGGUGUGCCGUUUCUGGCCAUCAUAAUUGCUGGACUGUGAGUUUUAUUACCCGUAUCAUCAUUUAUUGAAACAUGAAAGAAACCUAACAAACUGUUCGAACAGGUGGUUCAUUUUCAAACGCAGAAAGUACUCUCCUGUCCCGCAACCAGAGACGAGCGAAAACUUCAAUUCUCCGAGGUCUGAAAUCGGGAAAACCCCUACUUUGGUCACUUCUCCAGCUACUUGAGUCAGGACAGCCUUGUUUGUAGC